AUGAUGGAGAGCACCCUGUCCAGUUCUCUUCACAAUGUGUUGAACGACCUCCAUCAAAAUCCUUACCCGCAUGUUCCCAACCCGCCAUUGUGCAAAAAACGUGCCUCCGUGGCCCUGAUUCUGCGAGUCCGCCCUGUAUAUGACCAUUGGCCAAACGCAUUUUCUUCUCCGUCGCGCAAUGAUAAUACUUCGGUCGAAGAACAACUAGACACCUUCUUUUCUCAGGAUUGGGUGCAAAAUGGCGAUCCAGAAGUUCUAUUCAUCAAGCGGGCGUCACGCGUGGGAGACCGUUGGACGGGCCAUGUCGCGCUUCCCGGGGGAAAACGAGAUCCCGAGGACGCGGACGAUCAGGCUGCUGCGGUUAGAGAAGCAUGGGAAGAGAUAGGGUUGGACUUGACAACCGAGGACUGUAUCCACGUGGGAAACUUGCCGGAACGGGUUGUUACCAUGAGCUGGGGGACUGUGCCAUUGAUGGUCUUAUGCCCUUUCAUUUACGUGUUGACACGGCCCGAAUCGCCUACCCUUAAAUUACAACCAACGGAAGUCGCCUCGACUCACUGGGUGCCGCUUAGGGCUCUCUUAUCAUCGUCGAUGCGUACGGUAGAAUAUGUGGAUAUGUCUCAGCGUCUAGCGAACCAGGGCGGGUUUAUUACUCGACUUGGUUUUAGGUUACUCGUUGGCAUGAUGCAAUUCUCCGCUAUCCAAUUGAGACCAUCUGAGAGUCUGUAUUGCAACUCGACGCCAGGAUUUAUACCUGACGAUAGCCCAGGGAGUCAGUCACUGUUUCAGGGGUGGAAAUCAUGGUGUGUAAACAAACAGGCAGGCUCAAAUGAUCUGAGGCGCCCACUUUUACUUUGGGGUCUUACCCUGGGUAUCUUGGCGGACUUUCUCGAUAUGCUCCCUCCGCACACAGCCGUACAGCUAUGGGACUAUCCGACAUUUACCCCUUCUGAUCUACAGUUGAUCGUGAAGCUAGUUACACACAGCUUGAGGAAACAUAACAUGCUCCAGGUGAAGUCCGGAGCACGGCCUAGCAACACAGCAAUGGAUAGCCAAACUGCCGCGAUGGCUGUGACUGACAAUGUGAACUCCCAACACGACCACAAUGAAGUUGGGAUUGGUGGACUCGGGGUGGGAAGAUGCUAUGGGCCUUCGGACAAGGCCCCCGACGGCAGAACCUACGCCGUUGGGAUCAUGCUCCGAGGAUAUUAUGACCGACUCCGAAUUGCAUUAUAUGUCUUCUUAGGCUGGAGGGUAGCUAUUGGCUCGGCGGCAGCAGCUUAUGCGUGCAAGCUUUGGCGGAGUCGACAAUAG